CUAAAACCCCAUCAUCAUGAAUCCAUCAUGUUCAUCAUCAUAGUCCCUGGUCUGGUUCCGCUCUUUCUCUGCCACUAAGACCCCAUUUCAUCCCCUGCCUCGGUGCUAGGGUUUAUCUAAAUUCAAGAUUAUCUGCUUUACAUUACGUUUCUAUAGACGUUAGCAAUCACAGCACCUUAAGUUAUGGCACUUCAAGUGGCUCUCUCCGGCCCUUUUCUUCUUUCUUCUUGUUCUGCUCAUAGGCUCAAUCCUCUUCUCUUCUCCCAACGGCGUCGUUGCAUUCCUUUCUCCCACUGGCGUUUCACUCGUAUCAAAUCCCGAUGUUUCGCUGUUGCUGCAUCAGAGAAUGGUGUAUUUACAUCUCCAGAGGUUGCAAAGUCGUUCGAUUUUUCUUCAGAGGAACGGAUAUACAAUUGGUGGGAGUCCCAAGGGUAUUUUAAGCCAAAUUUUGAGCGGGGAAGUGAUCCUUUUGUGAUAUCCAUGCCACCUCCUAAUGUUACUGGUUCACUGCAUAUGGGGCAUGCCAUGUUUGUAACUCUUGAGGAUAUCAUGGUAAGAUACAAUCGAAUGAAGGGAAGGCCAACACUGUGGCUUCCUGGGACUGACCAUGCUGGUAUUGCAACGCAGUUAGUUGUAGAAAAAAUGCUUGCAUCUGAAGGGAUAAAAAGGACUGAACUGGGCAGAGAAGAGUUCAUAAAACGAGUUUGGGAGUGGAAAGAGAAAUAUGGUGGAACGAUUACAAAUCAGAUUAAGAGACUUGGUGCUUCCUGUGAUUGGACAAGAGAGCACUUUACCCUUGAUGAGCAGCUAAGUCGAGCGGUAAUUGAGGCCUUUAUCAGGCUUCAUGAGAAAGGUUUAAUCUAUCAAGGGUCUUACUUGGUUAAUUGGUCCCCUAAUCUGCAGACUGCAGUUUCAGACUUGGAAGUAGAAUAUUCUGAAGAACCCGGCACUCUAUAUUAUAUCAAGUACCGUGUAGCUGGAGGUUCAAGGAGUGACUUUUUGACAGUAGCAACAACUCGCCCUGAGACAUUAUUUGGUGAUGUAGCCAUUGCAGUUCAUCCUAAGGAUGAUCGUUAUUCUAUGUAUAUUGGAAGGAUGGCAAUUGUACCUAUGACAUAUGGUCGUCUUGUUCCUAUUAUAUCUGACAGGAAUGUUGAUAAAGACUUUGGGACUGGUGUCUUGAAGAUAAGCCCCGGACAUGAUCAUAAUGAUUACUUUCUUGCUAGGAAGCUUGGUCUUCCAAUACUUAAUGUGAUGAAUAAAGAUGGGACCCUUAAUGAGGUUGCUGGAUUGUACUGUGGUCUGGAUCGAUUUGAGGCACGGAAGAAACUGUGGUCAGAACUUGAGGAGACAGGUUUGGCUGUGAAAAAGGAGCCUCACACUUUACGAGUUCCCAGAUCACAGCGUGGUGGAGAAGUAAUAGAACCAUUGGUGAGUAAGCAGUGGUUUGUAGCCAUGGAGCCUUUGGCUGAGAAGGCACUUUGUGCAGUUGAAAAAGGAGAAUUAACCAUUCUGCCUGACAGAUUUUUGAAGAUUUAUAAUCACUGGCUAUCAAACAUUAAGGAUUGGUGUAUAAGCAGACAACUAUGGUGGGGACACCGCAUACCUGUUUGGUACAUUGAGGGAAAGAACUGUGAAGAAGAUUAUAUAGUUGCUAGGAAUGCUGAUGAAGCCCUUGAGAAGGCUCAUAAGAAGUAUGGAAAAGAUGUAGUAAUAUAUCAAGAUACAGAUGUUCUUGACACAUGGUUUUCAAGUGCCUUGUGGCCUUUUAGUACUCUUGGGUGGCCGGAUGUAUCAUCAGAGGAUUUUAAGAAGUUUUAUCCAACAACAAUGCUUGAAACUGGGCAUGACAUUUUGUUCUUCUGGGUGGCAAGGAUGGUCAUGAUGGGAAUUGAGUUCACUGGGACUGUGCCAUUUUCAUAUGUUUAUCUUCAUGGACUUAUCCGGGACUCACAAGGACGAAAAAUGUCUAAAACGCUGGGGAAUGUAAUAGAUCCCCUUGAUACAAUCAGGGAUUUUGGCACUGAUGCUUUACGAUUUACUCUUGCUUUAGGAACUGCUGGGCAGGACCUUAACUUGUCUACUGAGAGAUUGACUGCCAACAAAGCCUUCACUAACAAACUAUGGAAUGCUGGCAAGUUUGUGUUGCAAAAUUUCCCUAGUCAAGCUGAUACAUAUGCUUGGGAAACUAUGCUGGCUUAUAAGUUUGACAAAGAGGAGUCCUUGCUCCAGCUACCUUUACCUGAAUGCUGGGUGGUCUCAAAACUUCAUAUACUUAUCGACGAAGUCACUACAAGCUAUGAUAAGUUCUUCUUUGGAGAUGUUGGAAGAGAAACCUAUGAUUUCUUCUGGAGUGAUUUUGCCGAUUGGUACAUAGAAGCCAGUAAAGCUCGACUCUACCACUCUGGACCUGGAGGUGAUUUAGUUGCACCAGUGGCACAGGCAGUUCUAUUAUAUGUUUUUGAAAAUGUAUUGAAGUUGCUGCAUCCAUUUAUGCCAUUUGUUACUGAAGAAUUGUGGCAGGCACUCCCCAAAAGGAAAGAAGCUCUUAUGGUAUCCUCUUGGCCUAAGAUAUCACUUCCACAAAACGCCAACUCAAUAAAAAAGUUCGAAAAUUUCCAAGCAUUGACUAGAGCAAUCCGGAAUGCUCGAGCGGAAUACUCUGUUGAGCCAGCUAAACGCAUAUCUGCAUCUAUAGUUGCAAGUGAAGAUGUCAUCCAGUAUAUAUCUAAAGAGAAGGAAGUUUUAGCUCUUCUAUCCCGUCUAGAUCUGCAAAAUGUUCAUUUCACAGAUUCUCCUCCAGGGGAUGCCAACCAAUCAGUCCAUCUUGUUGCCAGUGAGGGACUAGAGGCAUAUCUUCCCCUUGCUGAUAUGGUUGAUAUAUCAGCUGAAGUUGACCGCCUUUCCAAGCGCCUUUCCAAGAUGCAAAGAGAGUAUGAAGGGCUUGUAGCUCGCCUCAAUUCUCCAAAAUUUGUAGAGAAAGCUCCUGAGGAUGUUGUUUGUGGGGUUCAAGAAAAAGCUGCAGAAGCAGAAGAGAAGAUAAACCUCACGAAGAACCGUUUGUCUUUCCUCAAAUCUUCAGUCUCGGUAUCUCAAUAGCAUUUAAUAGUGCUGGGCUGCAUUUUGUUCUAAAAGUAUUGAACAAAUUCCUUUGAGUCUCUCAUUGUGGAAUCCAUACAUUCCACUCAAUAACAAUGGCGAUCAUUAUCUUUGUGGCUACUAAUGACCAUUUGGAGAAAAUGCAGGAGACCAGGGCAUUCCUAUAUUAAUGAAAGAGUUGCAUCAUAAAGAAAAUUAGCAUGCCUCUGAUUCCUGUCAUGCCAUGUACAGUUUUAAUCGGCAGCAUUUUUCUUGUAAUCUUUGUCUUCCUUUAUUGUGCAACUUUGUAUACCAGUUUAUAAUAACAGUAGUUAAGAGGCAGCCAAGUCGGAUGUACAUGCUAGUUGGUGGGGUCAAUUCACCCCACUCAUGACUCAACUUAAACAAAAAAAAAAACAAAACUCCUUAAUAUAUAUUGAAUUACCCA